CUGGUUGGCUGCAGCCUGAGGUUACCAGGGCGACCGAGCGAGCGAUGCCCGGGCUGAGUCGCAGCCGCGGGUCUCUCUGAGGUAGAGACCCGGGUGGAAGCCGGGGGCGUCGGGCAGGCAGCCGACCCGCCCUCCGGACGACCCGCCCUCCUUCCGGAGCUGCACUCCUUCUCGGUUGCGCUCUGCGCCGGGGCUCGGGCUGCACAUGGGAGCUCGGGGCGCCCAAGAUGCGGGCGCCGGCCAGGGAGCUCUUCCGGGACGCCGCCUUCCCCGCCUCCGACUCCUCUCUCUUCUCCAGCUUCUCCACGCCGCUGGCCCAGUUCCGGGAGGACAUCACCUGGAGGCGGCCUCAGGAAAUUUGUGCCUCGCCCCGGCUGUUUGCAGAUAACCCACAAGAAGGGCGGGUGAAGCAAGGGCUGCUGGGGGACUGCUGGUUCCUGUGCGCCUGUGCCGCCCUGCAGAAGAGCCGGCACCUCCUGGAGCAGGUCAUCGCUCCCGGACAGGCGAGCUGGCUCGACCCGACGUAUUGCGGCUCCUUCACUUGUCGAGUUUGGCAGUUCGGACGCUGGGUGGAGGUGACCAUAGAUGACCGUCUGCCUUGUCUUGCAGGGAGACUCUGCUUCUCCCGGUGCCAGAGAGAGGAUGUGUUCUGGCUCCCGUUACUGGAGAAGGUCUACGCCAAGGUCCACGGCUCCUACGAACAUCUGUGGGCAGGGCAGGUGGCGGAUGCCCUGGUGGACCUGACCGGUGGCCUGGCAGAAAGGUGGAACCUGAAGGACGUGGCGAGAACCAGUGGCCAACAGGACAGGCCCGGCGGCGUGGAGGCCAGGACCUGUCGGCAGCUGCUCGGCCUCAAAGAGCGCUGUCUCAUCAGCUGCUCGGUGUUCAGCCCCAGAGCAGACAGGGUGCCAUCCCGUCUGGCUCCCCCACACGCAUGCGUCUGUCCCCAGUCUCUGGGCCGGUGGAGUCAUCCCCCUGGGCCUCCAGUGCUCGUGCUGCCUGGCUGUCCCCUGCCCCCGCAGCUGGCCUUGCCGAGAGGAGUUUGCCCUCGUUCCUUGGCUGUCGCAGGCCGUCGACGGCAGUGUCGGUGGCAGCACGCUCGAGAAAUGGCCCCGUGUGUGAUGGCCAGUGUCCCUCAUCCAGCCAGGUGGGGACCGAGGCCCAGAGAAGCGAGUGCCAGGGAGUUGGGGGAGUUUCACGCCUUCAUCGUCUCGGACCUGCGGGAGCUCCGGGGCCGGGCUGGCGAGAGCAUCCUGCUGCUGCGCGUUCAGAACCCCUGGGGCCGGCGGUGCUGGCGGGGGCCCUGGACGGAGGGGGGCGAAGGGUGGAGCCGGGUGGAUGCGGCGGCCAGCUCCGAGCUGCUGUCCCAGCUCCAGGAUGGGGAGUUCUGGGUGGACGAGCAGGAGUUCCUCCAGGAGUUUGAUGAGGUCACCAUCGGCUACCCGGUCACGGAGGCCGGCCACCUGCAGAGCCUCUACUCAGGGAAGGUACUGUGCCACACCCAGGAGCUGCCUGGAGCCUGGGUCAAGGGCCAGUCGGCCGGAGGCUGCCGGAACAACAGCAGCUUCCCCAGCAACCCCAAAUUCUGGCUGCGGGUCUCAGAGCCGAGCGAGGUGUAUGUCACUGUCCUGCAGAGGCCCAGGACGCGCACGACCGAUGGGGCUGGCCGGGCCCGGGCACCCCUGGGGGCCAGCCGCGCCGCGUGGAGGUGGGCGAGUGCCCUGGGCCAGGACUGCCCGGCCGUGGGCCUGCACCUGUGGAAGGUGGAGAAGCGGCGGGUCAGCCUGCCCAGAGUCCUGUCCUCGCCCCCGGUGGCCGGCACCGUGUGCCACGCGUAUGAUCGCGAGGUCCACCUUCGCUGUGAGCUUGACCCCGGCUACUACCUGGCCGUGCCCAGCACCUUCCUGAAGGACGUGCCCGGGCAGUUCCUGCUCCGCGUCUUCUCCAGCGGGAGAGUGUCCCUUAGUGCCGUCAGGCUGGCAGCCAAGAACGCAGACCCCGAGGAGGCCCUGUCAGGACAGUGGGAGACCGUGCAGCUGCGGGGCUGCUGGCGGGCUGGCCAGACAGCCGGGGGCAGCCGGAACUUCGCCUCCUACGCCACCAACCCCUGCUUCCCGCUCUCGGUCCCCGAGGGCAGCGGCCCCCACUGUGUCCGCAUCACUCUGCAGCAGCACUGUCCCGACAGCGAGUGCCACCCCAUCGGCUUCCAUGUCUUCCAGGUUCCCGCGGACGGCGCGGCCCAGGGCACGGCCUCCCUGCUGCUCCAGAAGCCUCUGCUGAGCUGUGUGCCACACUGCUACGCCCGGGAUGUGAGCCGGCUCUGCCACCUGUCCGCGGGGACCUACAGGAUUGUGCCCUCCACCUACUUGCCAGACACAGAGGGGACCUUCACAGUGACCAUAGCCACUAGAAUAGACAGGAAGCGGGACCCGGAGGGUGACCGAGCAGUUCUCUGCCACAGGCGCUCCAUUCACAGCCGGGAAAUGCUGGGGCAGCCCCUCCAGGAGGCCUCCUUCAUGGCAGUGAUGAAGACCUAACUGGAUGACUCCGUGUCUGCUCAGGGGACGGGGCCUCGAGGGGCUCCCGGUGGCCCACGGCAUCCUCACACAGUGCCACCAGCCUCGGUGCUGCGGUGGCCCGUCCGGAGCGGGCAGCUGCGUGCGCCUGCGGGUCCCGGUGGAGAGCCUGUCCUGGAGGGGAGGCGGCCCCGGGGGCAGGAAGGCAAAAGAAAGCCGCGCCUGCAUCCCGUCCCUCCCGCCGGACGGCAGCUCACAGGAACCCCGUGUCGUCCUUCCGCGGCUCCGGGGAGCGGUGUGCAGCGGACGUACGAGAGUGUCUUGACACCUCUCCUUUGAGACUGUCGUUAGAGGCGUUUUUAGGAUGUAACUUUAUAAGUAAACUGGAGUGCUGAGCAGUUCCAGAUGGAUCUCGUCUCGGGUGGGUGUCACGGGGUCGUGCUGACCCUGGACACUGUGGCCUCUGGGGGACGGUUUCGGGGCAGAGGUGGGGGUGAAGGGAAGAGGUGAGUGGGCACGCAGGGCAUGGCCAGGGCAGGAGCAGCGGGGAGCAGGCAGGAGGCAGACAGGCGCCUGCGGGUCCCUCUCCAGCCGGCAGGCUCUCGGUCACCUGGCGAACCAGCCAGAUGGUGCCCACAGCCCCUGAGGCCUCGCGCUUCCUCGAGCAGGUGGUGCCAGACGCAGUCAUGGCGCUCAGCUCGGAAGGGGCUGUCCCCGAGGGCCUCUGACCCCGGCCGUGUCUGAGGUGGCAGGCCCCCGUCCUGCUGCUCUGACUCAGCGUCCUGUCCUCGGCGUGACCCAGGCGUCUAGCUACUCGAACGUCCUGAAUCAGGACAGAGGUUCUCACUUCCCGCUCUGCACGGGUGUCAGCCGCGGCUGACUUCUGCCAACUUCCCCAUGAUGGCUGCACCCCGCACCUUGUGCCUCAUGAUCUGCCGUAGUGGGGAGCCUGUAUGCGUUCUCCAGGAACCCCCAGUUCCACAGGCCACACGGUGGGGCUACAGCUGGGGGAGGCCAUCCAGACCCCCAUGCCCCCUCCCAGCCCAGAGCUCCUUCUGCAAACGCCAUCUUACCCAGGGGUCCUGCCCGGGUGAUCUGGCACAGGGCGUGUCCCCUGCGUCACCCCUCCGCGGAGGGUGCUGGCGCGUGCUGGCCCGGGCGCUGUCGAGCCGCAGCCCGGACCUCGGCGCCGGCUCCACUGCCAGUCUCCCCUCUGCUCGUUUUGCUGCCACGGUUUGAUCAAAAUAGAGACAACCAGAAACUCUCACCCAUCAAGAUCCCGGCGGGGUGCUCCAAUGGGAUGGGGGAGCACCCUCCCCAAGGAAGGGGCUAUGGUGUGGACCCUAAAGAUAAGAUGCCGGCUGCCCCCGUCACCUGGGCAAGGUGCUCAGGACUCUCCGAGGCAGGGGCUGGCCUCGCCAGGGCAGGGGGUCAGGGUGGCAGCUCGCACUGGCUCCUCCCAGGGGACCCUCGGGUGACUCGCCCUUUCCCUCCCAGGACCCUGCAGCGACUGAUCUGGGGCUGAGUCCUGGUCACUUGCUGGGCGCUAGGGAAGGACUUGCUUGGCAGAGGGCUCUGUGGGGCUGCGCUGCGGGGCGGGCGGGCGACAGGAGAGAGAGAGAGGCAGCCUGGGGGGCAGUCGCCCCUGGGCUUCCAGGCUGCAAGGGGCUGGGGCUGGGGAAGCCACCGGCUGGGCACAGUGGGGUCUGGUCUGCGCCUCUCCUGCCACGUGACGAGACUCCCGGUGCCUUAGACACCUCGGCCUUCGCCUGUACUCACAUCUGACACUGCCCAGGCCCAGUGCAGGACAGCCCAGGCUGAGCCGGGGCUGCAGACCUCGGGGUCCCGCUGACCGGGAGGGCCUGAGGCCCAGGGCAGUCCCGCUGCGUCUCAGCCCUGCACCUACUGACACGGCCCGGGGCCACGUGGAACCCACAGGCUGCAGCCAGCUGGCCACGCUGAGUGCCCGUGCUGAGCCCACGGCCACGUGCAGGGCCAGGCCCGGCGGGUCCCAGCCGCCCUGCGGACCAGCUGCUGGGGGACUGUGCGGGACCGUUCACGGUGGCCUGGCCGACCCAGACGGCAGGUCUGGGUGUGUGCAGGUGCAAACACCGCCUUUCCCAGCAGACUUUGCCCUGCUCGGGCUUCCUUCCCGUUAUCGCUUCCUGUUCCCGGCACGGUGGCUUCUCAGCAGGAGCUGCGUCCUGCUUAGUCCUCGUCCUGGGUCUUCGCUCUCAUCGUCCUGGGCCGCCCUCCCCCAGGCCUGGGCCAGCCUUGGGUGAGUACCGCGGCCUUGGUGUCCCGAGAGGAGGGCCUCGGGUGUGGGGGGCCUGCGUCCCGCGUGGGAGCCGGGAUGGCGGGUGGGCCGGGCCGGGCCGGGUCCUCUCUGAUUCCCUCGGGCUCCGCAUUCAUAGUCGUGUCUCCUCGGUGCCCCGUGUCUGCCUCGCUCGGUUUCGCUGGAUUCCGGCCCGUCUCCCCGUGCUUCACAGAUUUCAGCUCGCUUUGCUAUAAUUCGAAAUGAACGGAAGAGUCUCUUUGCUCCUGGGGACACCUUGGGGUCUUUGGACCCCAACAUGAGGCUUCGGACGUGGCUGUGCUUCAUCGGGGGAGGGUCUUCUCUGGUUUUGAGGACGAGUUUGGGGGAGGGCCGGGCCCACCAGGCCCCGGGGCCCCGUCCCCUUGGGGAGGUCGAGGCGGUGGCCGAGGCUGUGGCUGCACCUGUGCGCCGUCCACUCUGUGCCAGGCCCCUGUAGCCAGUCAGGUUUCCUGGAAGUACAGGUUGUGUCUGCACAGGCAGCGCAGCCCCCAUCUGGGCUAAGGCCGCGAGACCCGCUCACCCAGGGCCGAGGAGCACGGGCUGUGAGGCUGGUCCCGGGCACACGGGCACACUGCUUCCUGACGCACCCCACACGUGCCGGGGCCGCGCCUCGGCAGCCUGGGCUCCCCAUCCCCUCACACGUCACCUGGAGGGUGAGGCUGCUGGACAGGGGGCCCGCGCUGGCUCGAGUCGAGCCGGGACUGCUCAUCAGGCCAGUCCAGGUCACCCGCAGCUUGCUGGGGACUUGGCAGCAGUGAUGACAGGAUGCGUGCACACGUGUGUGUCUGGGCUCCAGCUGACGUGGGCUCACUCAUCCCCUGAGCCCCCCCCGAGCAGACCAGCCAGCGCCUCCACAUCACUCUCCACUGCCUUGCUCCCACGGCCCCUUGGUUCUGAAACCCCUUGGUGAGCACGAAGUGGGGUGCUGUGGACAGGGCCGAGCCACCAGGCGCCUCUGCCCUUGAGGGACCACUGGGGAUGAUCUGCGCACAGGUCACCUGGAUGCUCCUGACAAGGUGACAGAUGAUGUGCGAGGUGGUCCUUGGCCACCUAGGGUCAGCCAGGUGCAGAGCAGAGGCUGGCGAGGGGCUGGGCACCCUCAGGGAACGGAAGAAGCUCUCCGUGCCUGCCGUGCACGACAGGCUCAGAACCAUCGCAAGCUGAGGCUGGACAAGCAGGUAAACGGCCUCAAGGCCCCCGAGGGCUUGGGCCUUAUCUCCUGGUGGCAACCCGGCAGUUUUAAGCAGGGCCUGGUGCUAGGAGAUGUGACAUCUCCCUCUGGCCGGGGGUGGACUGGAGGUGGGGGCCGACCAGGGGCAGCUGCAGACAUCCAGGGGAGAGGGGACGGUGUCCCGGCCAGGCAGGGGGUGGCGGGCCGAGGGAAGAGGUCCAGGAGGUGCUCCCGGGGAGCAACCCCACGGCAUGAGCCGCUGGUGUCCCCGGGUUUCACCUGACCGCGUACUGAGCCUGAGAACCGGUGCCUUCCACACUGGGUGUGGGCCGCCGCCGGCCCUGCUCCCGCCAGCGCCUCGCGACUGUUGUGGAGCUUUGAGCGAAGCGUUCUGCGCUUCUUAAGGACUGUUUUUCAGUGCUUAUGCGUGGUACCGUAGUUUUAGUUUGAUUUUUCCAGUUUGUCACCGACAUAUAGAAAUACUUUCGUCUAUUAAUCUUUUAUCCUAUAACCUUGCUAAUUCACUCAUUAGCUUAUGGUCAGGGGUAAAUUUCUUAGGAUUUUCUACACACACGAUUCCGUCACCUGUGAAAGCAGGAAGUUUUACUCCUUCCUUUUCUAUCUGGAAGUGUUCUCCCUGGUAAGGGUCUCCGAACCGUCUGGAAUGGAAGCGGUGGGGCCACGUCCCUGCCGUGGAGCGCAGCCGGCCUCUGCCUCCACCAGGCACCCCGUGCUUCCUGUGGGUCCUCUGCCGGCGCCUCUGUCGAGUGGGGAGUGUCCUGGUCCUACCUUGCUGAGCGUUUCUGUCGUAAACUGGCGCUGGAUUUUGUCAAAUGACUUUUUUUUUUUUUGCUUGAGAGGAUUAUACAAAUGUUCCCCUUCAUCUGAUCGAUCGAUGUUCUAAUGUCAGCAUGAACCUUACAUUCCUGGGUGUUUGCUCAUGCGUGUUCUUCCUUUCAUAUGUUGCUGGAUUCAGUGAACUAAUGUUUCAUUAAGAAUCUCUGUGGCUGUGUUCCAGCACGAUAUUGGCCUGCAGCCAUCUCUUCUCGUGACAGCUUUGUCUGGCAUUGGUCUAGGGUUGAACUUGCCUUCAGCAGUGAGUUGGGAAGUGUUCCUCCUCCUUUAUUUUCUGAAAACAUUUACGAUUCAUAUUAUUUUAUCCUCAGAUGUUUGAUGGAUUCACCGGUAGCAUCACCUGGGUCAGGAGUCUUCUUUGUGGAAAGAUUUCAAAUUAUAAAUUCAACAACUUUAAUAGAUACAGGCUAUUCAACUUUUCUGUUUCUCGUACAAAUCUUGACAAGUUGUGACUCAUAAACGCGCAUUUCAGCUAAGUUGUCAAAUGUAUUUGCAGGAAGUCAUUAAUAAUGUUCCUUUAUUCCUCUAAUGUCUAAGAUUUCAAGCGACACAUCCUCUUUCAUUCAUUUGUUUUUUUUUAGAUCAGUUUAGCCAAAGGUUUAUCGACUUAACUAAUCUUUUCAAAGAACCAACUUUCAUUUUGUUGGUUUUCCCGGUCAUUUUUGGUAACAUUUCUGUAAUUUCCGCUUCGUAUUGCCUUGCUUCUGCUUGCUGGGGUUUAAUUCGUCGGUUCCCCGCUUGCUUCUCAAGGCGGCGUCUUAGGACGAUGGUUUCAGGCCGUGUCUCUCCCCUAGUGGAGCCAGGAAGGGUCAUCCCAGCGUGGAGGUGGCUUUAUCUUACGAAUGCCGGUAAGUUGCAUUUCGUUAUCGUCUCGUUUAGAAUCUUUUCUAGUUUCCCCGUGAUUACUUAUUUGACCUUGAGUGAGUUGUAAUUGUAUAGUUCGAUUUCCAAAUCUUUGGGCAUUCUUUAAAUAUCUUUUUGCUAUCGAUUUCUGGUUUGGUUGUGUCAUAGAUGAAGAACAUACUCUGUACGGCUAAAUCCUGUUCAUUGCAUUGAGACUGGACUGAUGGCCUAUUUUGGAGAAUUUCAUAUGCAAACUUGAAAAAUCAUGUGUUCUGUUGCCAUUGGACGUGCCGUUGGAUAACUGUCAGUUCGGACAGGUCGCCGACGUCUGAGUCGAUGACGUCCUCACUAAUUCUCUCCGCGUUACUGAGAGGGGUGUCGACAUGACCCGUCGUACCGUGGCUUUGUCCGUGUGUCCUCUGAGCCGACCCUCUCACCGUCCUGAGCCUCCGUCCCUGUUUGUCUCCGGUGGGAGUUUCCGUCCUGGGAUCUACUUCGACGCGACUAGAUCCAUCGCAGCCUCCUGUGCUUAGUGUUUGCAUCUUAUUUCGUCUUCCAUUUUUUCACUAGUUUUCAUUUUUUUACUUUUAACCCAUCCUAAUGUUUAAAACGUUUAUCACUCAGACUGCACAUUGCGAUUUCUUGCUUUGUAAGUCCAGUUUCGUGACCUUUGCCUUUUAACUGGUGUGCAGGCCGGUCAUGUGGUGCGAUCGUGGGAACGGUUGGGCUAAGUCCGCCAUCUUGUUCGCUAGUCAGCUGCUGGCUUACGUACUGUGCCUCUUCGUUUUAUCUUUUAACGGUUGCCGUUGGGUUUACAACAUGCAUAUUUCACUUGGUGGUGACUAAUGGGAUGUAGGAGAGAGGGACAAGGAAGAGAGGGGAAAUCCGAGUGUCCAGAAUGACACUCAGGUAUUUGGGCAACAACAGGGGGUCGUCGUCUGAGAUGGGGACUCUGAAGGCAGAUCGGGGCACCCAGACCCGGGUCUCUGCAGCCGAGCACCGGCCUGCACCGUGCGCUCUCCCCACAGCCCGGUCCCGCCCGGCAGCGCGGGGGGCGCCCUGCUCUGCGCCCGCGUCCUCGCUCGCUGUGGCGCGGUGCUUCCCACUUCCAGCCUCCCCUGCGUCCCCCAGUCCCCAGGUCCACGCGGUGACCCCGCCGCAUCUGCGGGCCUGUCAUCUGGCUCCCUGGCCUGACCCCACUUCCGCCUGCGCCGUCACACUGCGCGUAAAGGCUGCCUGGCGACUUGCAUCUGCCUCAGCGCCCGCAUCGGCUGCCUGGACACCAGCAGCCCCACGGGGCCCACAUAGGAUCUGUGCCCUCCAGGGACCCCGGUGUCGCCCGGUCCCCCGCCACAGGCGCCUCCCCCGUCUCUGCACGUCCCCCCUUGACCCUGCUUUCGGUCCUCGCACAGGCCCAAGUUCGCAGGUCGCACCCGCGGCGUCCCCGGCCAGCCGCAUCCGCUCCAGCUCCCGUCACUGGCGCUUAGGUGUGGUUUCUGUUUUUGGCAAAAUGGCUUCCUAAGUGACGAAGUUGUUUUAUUUCCUUACGUAUAAUUCCACAUUCAUAGAUUUGACCGUUUUUCACGUUCUAAUUGACGUUAUUCUCCUUAUUGGCAUUCGGAUUACCCCAGCUUUGGGCAGCGGGAGCAAACCUGUGUGGACUUGCUCUGCCUCGUGCCCUGGUGCGACAGCUGCCCCAGGCUCCCCUAUUGGUUUCCUGCCCCCGACCUGACCUGCGCUGCUGCUUCUCCCAGAAGCCCCGCCUCCCAGGGGCCCCGACUUCCCCUCGGGAGAAGUGGCUGGGUGUCCGGGCUGCGUGUUUUUAGGUCUCCGGGGCACAGAAGCAGGAAGUUUUCUUGGUAAGAUAAGACAGUACGGUACAUGCUGCUACCUGUCACUCGGUUCCGAUGGACGUGGUGUUUACUUAACCCUGUCGACAGUACAUCUGCGUGUUCCUCAGCCGCACCAGAGGCCUCAGCAGCGUCCGAUGUCACUAUUCUUUUGUUUUACCCCAUAACACACACAAUACUCCCCAGAUAACCCCAGCAGGACCAACAGCGCGAUCACUGAGAAGUUUAAGAUGUUUUGUGUACUUUUAAAACCCUCAGUUUAUGUAGAUGUACACACAAAACUUUUAAAAUUACUUGGAAAAUGAUGGAGCAUUUUUGCCCUUAAAUUGCAGAGCGAAGUCAAAAUACUGGACUUUAAAAUCUUUUGGAAGAGUUUGGUCGGCUGUGCUACCGACCGGUAAUCCAAGUUCAUGGUCUCAUCUUGCUUUCAAGUUUAACAGUUCCUUUAAGAUACAAUUUAAUGGAAUUUAGUAAUUAUAUAAAUAGUUAUGAUUCUAAAGCCAAACCUGCAAACCAAGGUGUAUUCACAGAAGUCCACUUUCCACUGCUCUGCCCCACUCCCGCCCGUUCCCUGUAGGUCACAAUUGAAUUGAAAACAAGCUUCAUGGCUUGUGCUUCCGUUUGUAGAAACAGAACCUGCCGGCCCCACGUAAAUUCGUGAGAAGUAACCACCUUGCUGCUUGGCAGUGCACCCCGCAGACGAGCAUGCGGUGCUGCCGCAGACGCCCCCUUCCCACAGCCGCCCGGUGCUCCCCGGGGGCACAGGACGCCCUUCCUGGCCCCCGCGCCCUGCGGACGGGCGCCGUCCGGCCGCCGUGCCCCACGGGUCCAGCAGCGCCGUGAGGCUGGCCUUGGCGUCUUUUUCUUUCCUUUUUGUUUUCUGUUUUUAGGUCAAUGUUUAAUUUUCAACUUCAGUGUGUAAAUAAAUCCGGAAGCACCUUU